AUGGAGGCAAAACCAAAAGCAACACCAGUGGAUGACUCUCUCAAGGAGACCUCCCCAAAUAUAGGUGGGGGAAGAGUCACCGGCGGCGAAAAGCUCACCACAUCUUAUGAUCUUGUAGAACAAAUGCACUUCCUGUACGUGCGCAUAGCAAAAGCACAAAAUCUGAUGCUGACAAACACUAUGACAUGCAACCCUUUUGUCGAGGUAAAGAUUGGAAACUACAAGGCAAGAACGGGGCAAUGCAAAAAUGCAUACUCCCCGGAAUGGAAUCAGGUGUUUGCCUUUGAAAAAGGCCGGAUACAGGCAACAUCAGUGGAGAUUGUGGUGAGAGAUAAGGAGUAUGUGUCUGAUGAUUUUAUUGGAAAAAUAUCAAUUUCUGUAAGUGACAUACCGACCCGAGUUCCCCCAGAUUCUGCAUUCUCACCAGAGUGGCGUAAAUUGGAGGGCAAAAAUCAAUUUAAGGAUGGAGAAUUGUUGAUGGUUUUAUGGUAUGGAACUCAAGCCGACGAGGAAUACACUGAGGCUUGGCAUCCAAAUACAGGAGUUGUUAGUGGCGAGAGUAUGUUGAAUACCUUUCCGAGAGUGUAUCUAUCUCCUAAACUUUGGUAUCUUAGAGUAAUUGUUGCUGCAGCACAGGAUUUGGUGCUUCGAGAUAGGGGUCGAAAGCCAGAAGUUUUCUUUAAGGCUAUUCUUGGGGAUGUGGUUUUGAGGAGUAAGAUAUCGGAUGAUAAGAGUGUGAAUCCGAAAUGGAAGGAAAAUAUGAUCUUUGUUGCAGCAGAGCCAUUCAAAAAUUCUUCUCUGAUAUUGAGUGUGGAAGAUAAGGUGGGACCUAAUAAAGAAGAAUGUCUAGGGAGGCUCAUCCUUCCUAUGGAUACAUUGGACACGAGGAAGGCACCGGGAGCUAUGUCGCAAAAGUGGUAUAAUCUCAAGAGGGAUUUUUCAGGUCCUGCAAAGAAGCAAGAUAAUGUUGUGAAGUUUGCAAGUAAACUUCAGAUGACUGUAUAUUUGGAUGGUACAUAUCAUGUAUUUGAUGAACCUGCUUACUAUAGUAGUGAUUUGAGGCCAACAUCCAAGACGUUGUGGCCGCGCACGAUUGGAGUGCUGGAGUUGGGGAUUUUGAGUGCUGAAGGAUUAGUGCCUAUGAAGAAUAGGGGCGGAUUUGGAGCUACUGAUGCUUAUUGUGUGGCCAAAUAUGGACCAAAGUGGGUACGAACGAGGACGGUCUUCGAAAGCUUUGCACCAAAAUGGAAUGAGCAGUAUACUUUUGAAGUUUAUGAUCUUUGUACAUUCAUUACAAUUGCAGUCUUUGAUAACUGUCAUCUCCAAGCAGGCGAUGAGGCUAGACGACUGAGGGAUAGAAGGAUUGGGAAGGUAAGAAUCCGGUUAUCUACGCUAGAAACAGAUCGAAUAUACACACAUUCUUAUCCUCUUCUGGUGUUGCUACCUAAUGGGAUGAAGAAAAUGGGAGCAAUUCAAUUGGCUGUGAGAUUGACUUGUCCAUCAAUGAAUGAAUUGUUGGCUAGCUAUACAAGGCCUCUUCUACCCAAAAUGCAUUACAUUCAACCACUAUCAGUGCAUCAGCUCGAUAUUUUAAGGCACCAGGCAGCUUAUGUUCUCUGUCAAGGGCUACGCCGCAAUGAAUCCCCGUUAAGGAAAGAAGUAGUGGAGUAUAUGCUGGAUACUAAUUCACAUGUGUGGAGUUUGAGGAAAGCAAAAGCUAAUGCUAAAAGGUUGAAUGUGUUCUUAGAUAGUUUUGCUGGGGUAAAGAAGUGGUUUGAUAAGAUAUGCCAAUGGAAGAAUCCAGUGACGAGUUUUCUGGUUUGCUGUCUUUUCGCGGUCAUUGUAUGCCACCCGCAACUAGUGUUACCGACAUUGUCACUCUACCUCGUUGUGGUUGGGAUUAAGAACUACCGGAAGAGGCCGAGACAUCCUCCUCACAUGGAUGCCAAAUUGUCUCAUGCUGAUGUUGUCUCUCUUGAUGAGUUGGAUGAAGAGUUUGAUCCAUUUCCAACUGCACAACAAGGUGAACUACUAAGGAUGAGGUACGAUCGAUUGAGAAGCAUUGCGCAGGCGACGCAGGCAAUGAUUGGUGACUUGGCAACACAAGGGGAGAGAAUGCAAUCUUUGUUGAGCUGGAGGGAUCCAAGAGCUACCUUUUUGUUUGUGAACUUCUGUUUGAUUGCUGGUAUUGUGUUUUAUGUCAUUCCUCUUCGCCUGCUGAUCAUUGGUUCGGGAUGGUUUGUGAUGAGGCCCCCGAGGGUUACAAUUCAUAUUCCUCCCAUACCUAUGAACUUCUUCCACAGGAUGCCUACAAAACUAGAUAGCAUGAUGUGAG